AUGCGUAGACGUCGACGACAACUCCGACGACAACGCGCGCACACAUACACACUCGCACAAGAGGAAGAAAAACGGGAGAAGACUUCUUGCACCGAUUCGAACGUGACAACCGUCUUAGACGAUUAUACGGCACGUAGUUCACAAGAAUUGUCUGUAAGUAAAGGCCAACACGUUCGUAUCAUUCAAAAGCAACUUCCGAACGCACCUGAUUGGUGUCUUAUCCGCUUAUUAAACGAUCAUUCACAUCAUCAUAAUCAAUCAAAUCCAUCAAUUGCGGCUUCGUCAACAACCACAGUCACAACCGGUUCAUUCGAUUUAUCAUCGCCACCCCCGUCAUCAAAAUAUACUGAAGGACUCGUUCCAGCAGCUAUUCUCAAAGCAACCAAGUCAUCUGCGACAAACACUCAUCCAUUACCACCACCUCCACUAUCCCUUCCAACAGGAAUUAAAAGUGAACAAGAUAAUCUUCUAAAUAAUAAUACCGAAGAUUCUCAACAUCGAUCACAAUCAUCGUCAGCGACUCAUUUUAGUAAACGAAAAGCUAGUUUUAGACGAAUCCUCAAGAAUCCCGUUCGACGCUUGAGUCUAAAAGAUAAUAGUAGUAAAGAUGUUAAAACUCCUACACCACGUGAUCUAGCAAAUACAUCAGCGUCUUCAGUGUCGGUCGCUAGUGCUGAUGGUACAACGAAAAAAUCAUUCACUUCAAUCAAUUCCACAGCCGCAUCAAAACUCAAAGCAUUCACAUUUACAAAUUCCGAAGAUUUGACGUCAUUUCCUGAUGAUACGGUAUGGUGUCUUUUGUUUCGAUGA